AUGUUGGAAUCUGUCGUCUCGACCCUACUCAACAAGGUUCUAGGAGCCUAUGUCUCUAACCUCAAUUACAACCAACUCCAGAUCGGCAUCUGGUCAGGCGAGGUUGUUCUCCGAAACUUACGACUCAAACGCGAAGCGCUCGAUAAACUCAACUUGCCUGUAGACGUCCUUCAUGGCUAUCUUGGGGAGCUUACCCUGACCAUUCCAUGGUCCAACUUAAAAGGGAAACCGGUGAUGAUCAAUAUCAACGAUGUUUAUGUGCUUGCUGUACCCCGGAAUGAGUCAACCAUGACGGCAGAUGAAAUAAAAGCGCGCCAACACGAAGCUAAGAUGCGAAAAUUGGCUGACGCUGAAAUGAUACAUCAACCAGUAGAACACACAAAUGCAGCCGAAGAUGCUAAGAAUGAAACCUUUGCCAACCAACUUAUGCAAAAGAUCCUCAAUAAUCUUCAGUUCUCAAUUACAAAUAUUCAUAUUCGAUAUGAAGAUGAAGUAUCAGCACCUGGUCACCGGUUUGCGGCCGGAAUCACUCUUAACGAACUAUCGGCAAUUUCCACAGAUGAAAACUGGAUCCCACAAACUAUUGGUGAUGCUGUUAAUACUAUUCACAAAUUGGCAACAUUGGAGUCCUUGUCAGUCUAUUGGAAUACGGACACAUACUCGCUGUCUCAUCUUAAAGAUGACGAAAGUUUUACGAGGUUCAGAAGCCUAAUUGCUACCAAGACGCAUGUCCCCCCAGAACACCAGUAUAUUCUAAAGCCGGUUUGUGGCACAGGAAGGGUAAAACUGAACAAGAAGUUUGGUGGUGAAACACCAAAGGUCGAUUCUACUCUUCUGUUCGACGAACUUUCAUUUGUUAUUGACGAUGAACAAUACAGAGAUGCAAUUCUCAUGAUAGACCUCUUCCACUCUUAUCUUAAGAAGCAAAAGUACCAGAAACUACAUCCGCCUAGUACAGUAACACCACGCACAGAUCCGCGUGCUUACUUUCAGUUUGCUGCAAAUGCUGUCCUGUCGGAAAUUCAUGAAAGAAACCAACGCUGGACAUGGGCUCAUAUAAAACAAAGACGCCAAGAUAGACUGGAUUAUAUUGACUGUUAUGUUGCAGAUAAACUUGGUCAACCUACCCCAGAGCAAAAACAGAAACUUGGUGAGCUUGAACAUAAGCUGAGCUAUGAGGAUAUUAGGCUUUAUAGAGGUCGGUCCAAGGCACAUCUUCGGCGCGAAAAAGAACGAUUAGCUGCCGAAGAAGAGCGAAAGCGUAAGGCAGCUGCAGCUCAAGCUGCAAAUUCUAAAGGCUGGCUUGGUUCAUGGUGGUCAACACCCAAUACAGCCAAUCAGCAAGAAGAAGACGAGGACUUGGUUAUUACUGAAGAACAAAAGCAAGAAUUCUAUGAUGCAAUCGAAUAUGAUGAAGAUAUGGCAGCUGUUGUAGAAUCCAUCGAGUUUCCGAAGGAUACUAUGCUCCUUUGUCUCCGUACGACUUUAAACAAGGGUUCUUUUACUUUGAAACGAGAGCCUCAUGCGAACAAUCCUCUCGAGCUGGUGUCACUUGUUUUUGAUACAGUGAUGCUAGGCGCUAUUCAAUAUGUGGAUUCUUUCAAAAUUACAGCUGCUCUUGGUGACUUGAUCCUUUACGAUGGUGCCACAAAGAAUACCCAGUAUAAAAAACUAAUCGGUGUAAAGCAAAAGGAACCUAAAGAUCGACGAAAAUCUCAAUUGGACAAGCACUUAAUCAAGUUUGAAAAUAUGAAGAAUCCUUUCUUUUCGCUUGCAAUCGAGCAUAAACCUCUAGAUGGGCGCGCUGAUAACGCAAUGGCUUUAGUAAUGCGAAAUAUUGAUAUUGUGUACAACCCUAUUACUAUCAGUGCCGUCAUUGAAUUCUUUAGACCUCCUGAAACGAGUGCUGAUAGUGUUAAUGCAUUAAUUGAGGUUGCUGGUGAUACAUUGGAGGAUAUCAAAAACCAGACACGCGCUAGUUUAGCAUUUGCUCUCGAAAGACAUACCACUUUAGAUCUUCGAGUGGACAUGGAUGCUCCUGUAAUUAUCAUUCCAGAAAAUUGUUCCUUGAAGAAUUGUCGAGGUAUUGUUGUUGACGCUGGUCAUAUCAAUAUUGAGAGCAAUUUGGCACCUGCUGGUGCAUUCAAUGAGAUGAAGUCCAAGAAAAGUGCCGAAUAUACCACGGAAGACUAUGUUCAACUUAGAUCAUUUAUGUACGACAAGUUUACCAUUCAGCUCACGCAAACGAAGAUUCUUGUUGGCGAUUCAGUUGACACUUGUCUCGCUCAAGUACGAGAGCCUACCAAGGAAUACAAUCACCUUCAUCUUGUUGAUCGCAUAGAUAUGACUUUCUUGUUGGAAAUGUGUAUUGUUGCAAAGUCGAACGACUUGACACGUUUCAAGAUGUCUGGUCAUCUUCCACUAUUGUCAGUCAAUUUCUCGGACACAAAGUAUCGUAUAUUAAUGCAACUUCCCCGAUUGAUUGAAGCUUCUGGUAUUUUGGGCAAUGAUAAGCCGGAUCAUCUUGAAAGUGACGAAGAGGAUUCGGAUGAACUGUGGUCUGUGGCAGAAACUGCAGAAACUGAAGCUACCCAAUUGAAGCAAAAAACAUCGAAAGAGACCCAUGUAAAUCAGAAAAUUUUUGAACUUGAUUUUAAGGUAGACAAGGUUUCUGCAAAUGUGCUCAUGGCAAGACGACAAAGAGAAGAAGGUUCUACAUUUGAGGAUCUUUUGUGUGAAGUAACUCUAGAACAUCUUUCAGUUGAAUACUGUAUGCGCCCAUUUGAUAUGUCGAUUGGACUUUCGCUUGAAUCUCUUAACGUGGUCGAUCGUAUGGCUCAUGGAAACGAGUUCAAAUACCUUGUUACUUCCGACAAUAUGGUUGUCCCGUCUUCAGAUUCAAAGUCUAAAUCUGAACCAACAGAACUCGUUCAUGUGGAAUAUAUUCGUGUAGACAAAGAAAGCCCCGAGUACCGAAAUAAGUAUAAAGGAAUUGAGCAGACGGCCAAUGUAACCCUCUCAACCCUGAACUUCAUUGUCACCCAGAGCUCAGUCUUGACCCUCUAUAGCUUUGUAUUGGAUACAUUUGUUGAGGAUGAGUCGCCUACUAGAACACAGGAUAGACGGGUUUCCAGGCAACAAGACAAAAGAUUAUCAGUCUCCAAAGACGCUGAUCAACGUCGACGGUCUUCUGCCGUGCCACCCAAAGAUUCAACACCACCACAACCUAGCAAUAUAUAUGUGCACCUUUUAUUGGAUAGUGUGAACUUUAUUCUUAAUGAUGACGGUGUACGUCUUGCAACAGGUCGACUCUCGCACGGUGACAUGUCUGUACUUAUGAUACAGAAUACUGUCAAGCUCUCUGCCAAGUUUGAUAAUUUCACUUUAACAGAUGAUCUCAACGAUACGAGCGAGGGAUCAAAAAAUACUCAUCAGACCGACCUUUUGACAAUUCAGGGAGAAGAGUUGAUUGAUUUACGAUUCGAAAGCUUUAUAGAAAACGGGCCACAAAUAUAUCCAGGCUAUGACCAACUUCUCUACCUUCGUAUGGGAUCUGCUCAGUUCACCUUCCUUGAACAGCCAAUUACUCGCUUUAUGAGCUAUUUUAGUAAAUUUGCUGAAAUGAAGCUUAUGUUUGAUCGUGCUCGCCAGGCUGCCUAUGAAUCCGCUCAGCACCUUCAACAAGCUGUUACAAAAAUGCAUUUUGACGUUGUUAUCAAGACGCCAGUUGUAUUUUUCCCCGAAAUGCAUAAUCAUCCUAUGGAUGUUGUAGUAGCACAUCUCGGUGAGAUUUGGGCAUCUAAUACGUUUGUGGAUGAAGAGGACGGGUGUAUUAAUGCCAUUCGCGCUGGCUUGCGUGCCAUUAACGUUACGUCUACAUUCCAUGCCAUCCAUCCAAGCACCAAGAAAAUACAAGUACAAGAGCUGCCAAUUGUUGAAAACACAAACCUUACAUUGGAUAUCAAGAGCCCUCAGCAGAUUAACACUUUACGACCUGAUAUGGAUAUUAGUGGAAAGCUUUCUGAUCUCUCGAUGCGCUUGACUGAAGUCCAGUAUAUAUUUCUGAUGGAUGCGGUUAAUAUGAUUUCAAGAAUAUUCUCUGGGACUGAAGAGCCCGAUUCUUCGUCUAAAACUCAUCCAAAUCAGUCGAAUUUACUGACUCAAGAGGAUCAGCUUCAAGCAACAACUGAUGAAAACACUAAUAUUAACUCUCGAACAAAUGUGAGCUCCGAUGUGGAUGAAGAGAACCAUGAAGAACCACCGCGGAUCCGUAUGGACCUCGAUGCACAGACUAUUGCACUUGAGCUUUUUACGAACAAAGACGUCAACAAUUGGACACAACCACCCGAUAGUUUACUGAAGGUUGCUAUGAACGGCAGUAGAGUUCAGGUAGAAAUGCUUAAGACGGGAUGCAUCAAGACAGACCUCAAGGUUAAAUCUCUGGUUGUCAAUGACUCUCGUCCCAAUAUCAAUAGCAAGUACAAAGAAAUUAUGCCAGCUAUUGAAAACGGUUAUCAAUUUGAGAUGCUGCUCGACCUUUCACCAGCUGAUCCAGUACGCCGUGGUGUAGCUAUUAUGACUAUUAAUGAUCCAAAAGUUAUUAUUUCCCUUGAUCAUGCCUUUGUGCUACAGAAUUUUGCCAUGUUACCAUUUACCCAAAACCAUAACCCCGCGUCCUCCCAUCAAUCUUCCGCUAAGCACACAGAAGAGUUCUUGUCUGGUUUGGCUGAGAAUCUCGCUGCUGAACCCGUAGUAGAGCAAGGCAUUGAGCUGUCUUAUAGUCUAAACGUAGUCCGCGCGGAAUUCGUGCUUUUGGCCAAUCCAGAUACCAUAGAAUCUGAAGCGGUUGUUCUUUCUGCUGAACAAGUCAUGAUAUCUCGGCAGGCUGUUACAGCACUUGUUGUACGACAGAUGGGAAUGUUCCUUUGUCGAAUGGAUAAGCGUAAUGUAUCGACACUCAAGUUUAUCCAAACAUUUGACGUGUCUAUUUCAAUGAAUAUUGAUACCAAAGGUCCUGAAGGACAACCCAAGACAGACUUGCAAGUUGAUGUGGAUGCACUUGUACUACGUCUAUCUUAUCGAGACGCAAUGCUCAUCACAGAUAUUUUUAACAAGGCGUAUGCCCUUUACGAGAAAAGUGUUGGUAGUCAACCACCGGCUUUAUCUGGAACUAGUCCUGCUCAAACAACUGUGUCAACAAACAACACACCACAUGCGCAUGAACUACCUAGGUUUAUGGAAGCAAAAGAAUCGCUUCGAGCUUCUUUCCAAGGCAUGCAAGUCAUCUUAAUUGAUGAGAUUCACGAAAUGCCUAUGGUAGACAUGACUCUAAAGCCAUUUAGUGUUGAUGUUGCCAACUGGUCUCGUUCACUUUCUGCGACAGUGGAGCUUGCAACUUAUAUAAACUACUUUAAUAUCAAGAACUCCCAUUGGGAGCCUUUAGUAGAGCCAUGGAAUGUUCAAUUGGCUAUAUCACGGAACAAUAUGCUUCCUAACGACCCACUUCACGUAGAGCUGCUGUCUGAUAACAUUCUUAAUCUUAAUGUGACUCACACUUUCCUUGAGAGUGCAAUGGCUACGAUGCAUCUCUGGGAUAAAAGAUCAUACAAUGGUUACCAUGGUGAACGUGGUGCGGUUGCGCCAUAUCGGAUUGCAAACCACACUGGUUAUAAGGUGCACGUUUGGAGUACGAAAGUAGGAGACAAAAAAGAUACAGUAAUCAAGAGUCUUGAAAAUGGACAAGAGAUGGAAUGGUGGUUUGAAGAUUGGAGAAAGCGACGUGAGACCACUUCAUCUGGAAACAAGAAUUUAUUGAAUGUCCAAUUAGAAGGUGCCUUGUGGGAAAGUCUUCGAGAUAUUUCAGUGGACACAGAAGGCGAAAAAAUGCAACCUCUCCAGCCUAUGAUAAAUGAUGUUGAACAUCAUAUAAUGUUUGAUAUCAAACUUGUAAACAAUGUCAAGGUUGUUACUAUUCGAUCAACCAUGGUUAUUGAGAAUAAAACACUCUUGCCUGUUGACUUUGUUUUGCUUGAUAAGAGCGGGAAUCCCUGUUCGCAUAUAAAGAAAAUCGCCCCUGGCCAAGAUUAUGCCAUUCCUAUUGAAGCUGCCUAUAAUGAUCGUUUUUGUGUCCGACCUGAUGCUGGAUUUGGAUAUAAAUGGGCAGACAAAAUGCUGCACUGGACAGACUUUGUUCGCCCUGGAGAAAAACCUAGCACAAUACAAUGCUUAGGAGAAGGAGAAGAUAUGCCACCAUUUAUGUUCCAGAUCCAUUCACGUUUUGAUAAGAAUAAUCAGCUAUUCGGUCACUAUCCUGUUAUGUCCAUUCGUCUCAGCGCUCCUGUAGAGAUUGAGAAUUUGUUGCCUUUCGACUUUAACUUUAGAAUUAUUGACAAAACUGCUAAGCAAGACUUUGGUUCUUUCUUACGAAAAGGAGGUGUGGCACCACUUCAUGUGAUUAAAAAUAAGCACUUGCUCAUACUAAAUAUUGCGAUAUUGGACUCAAAUUACAACCCAAGUGAUUUUGCUAUUAUUAGCACGAGAGGCACAGAAGAUUUGAAUAUAGAGGAUACACUCCAGCUUAAAAGCAAGGAUAAUGUACUUCUCACGCUCAAAAUCAAUACUAUGGAUAUUCCUGAUUCUGGAGGUGCUCGCAAAUACAGUAUAUACUGUCCAUAUAUCGUGAUCAACAAAACUGGAUGUCCAAUUGGGUUCAAGCCAAAGCUUGCAUGGCAAAGUUCGAUGUUUUCUGGCGCUCAAAACACUGCAGUGUGCCGUCCUGGAGUAAAGCCAGAGCCAUUUAUGUUCUCUUAUCCCAAGAUUGACAAUAGAAAUAGAUGUCUUAUUCAAAUAUCUGGUUCCGAGUGGAGUAUACCUAUAAGUUUUGAAGCUGUUGGUACUAUGUAUGAUGUUACAGUUCCAAGUCCUUCAAAGACGGAAGAAAUUCAUGUCGGUGUCAGUGUCCAGGAGGGACAAGGAAAGUACAAGAUAUCAAAAGUAAUUACUUUUACCCCUCGGUUUAUUCUGAGUAACCAAAUGGAUGAAUUCAUUCGUUACCGAGAGCCAGAAUCGAGAGUCGAUCAAGAUCUAGAACCAAAUCAAAGAAUACCAUUAUACAAUUUGCGUCGGAACGCGGAGAAGCAGUUGAGUAUUAAGCUUCCUGGAAUAAAUAAUCGAUGGUCAGCUCCAUUUAAUAUCCAAGACAUUGGCAAAAUGCAUGUUCGACUAGAUAGUGCUGAUGGCUCUACUGCAAUGCUCAUGCGAGUCACUACUAUCCUUCAAGACGCCACUGUAUUUAUUGUUUUAUCCAAAGAAGACAGUAAAAAUUGGCCCUUCAGGAUUGUGAAUGAGACAGAUGAUACCAUGACAUUCUAUCAAGAAGAAUUGAGCAUUAUGCGGGAUGAUUUCAGUGAUAACAGAAUGCAUCAACAAAGCGCAAGACGGUAUCGACUUCCUCCUCAUCAGUCUGUUCCAUAUUCUUGGGAUAUGCCUGCAAAUAAGGAUAAAAAGAUUAUUUUAAACAUUUACGGCCGCGAAAGAAGCAUUAAUUUGCAAGAGAUUGGUAGUCAGUUACCUUUCAGAUAUACUACACGGGAAGGAAAACCAGCUAUUGCAUCAAUAGAUAUCAAGAUAUCUGAUAUGGUCCAAUAUGUCUACCUGAAGCCGUUUGUUCAAUCAGAAAGUCUGUUCAGACCUACCUCACAAGGGUCUAACUCCUCUGUUACAUCUCUUUCUCCUUCUACGUCUACAUCGACGUCCUUCAAAGAUACAAAUGUCCGAGAAGGGUUUGAAGCUGUAGAAAUGAAUCUUAUUUUGAACUUGAUAUUCAAGAUCGAGAUCAAGCAAAUCGGUCUUUCGUUUAUUAACAGGCGUCUUGAUGAAAUUGCAUACAUAACAUUGCGAGGGCUCAAUGUUAGCUUUAAGGAUUCAAAUGUUUAUCAAUCCCUUCGGUGGAGUAUAAAGUGGAUUCAGAUCGAUAAUCAACUACCAGGAUCAGCCUUUCCUAUCUUACUUUACCCUACAAAUGUAACCAGGGAAGGCAAUCAUGAGAUUCUUCCCACAUUACAACUUGCUGUCGAUAGAGUCAAGGAUGAUUCUCAUGGUGUUCUUUACAUCAAAUAUUUCUCUGUUCUUUUACAGAAAAUGAGUGUUGAAAUGGACGAAGCUUUCGUUUAUUCUAUCUUGGACUUUUCACAUAUCAAUGUGGAAGGAUGGAACUCUGUCGUGGAUGAUGGGAAACUGUGGGAAUACACCAAUGAGAUUCCGGAUGUUAAUUUAGAAGAUGGAGUAGCACAAUUAUAUUUUGAAAUGCUCAGUAUUCAGCCUAUUCGCUUUGACCUCUCAUUCUUACGAACGGAUCAAUUAAAUAUUGUUGAUGAGAGACCACAAGGAAACUCUCCUCUAAUGUUCUUUGUAAACAUCUUGACUAUGGCAAUUGGAAAUAUUAAUGCCGCUCCUAUGAAAUUCAACGCUUUGGCUGUUGAGAAUUUACGAGCUAGCGGGUCGGAUCUUAGCAAUCGUAUUUUUAUUCAUUACAGCGAUCAGUUCAUUUAUCAAAUUCACAAUGUCCUUGGGUCAGCUGACUUCCUUGGAAAUCCUGUUGGUCUUUUCAACAAUUUGAGUUCGGGUGUCGCUGAGCUAUUUUAUGAACCUUGGCAAGGAUUUAUUAUGAGUGACCGUCCUCAAGAUCUUGGACUUGGUAUUGCAAGAGGUUUUAGUGGAUUUGUGCGCAAGAGUGUAUUUGGAGUAACGGAUAGUUUUACUAAAUUUACUGGAAGUAUCGGUAAAGGACUGUCCGUAGCAACUAUGGAUCGCCAGUAUCAGGAUAAGCGUCGUCAGAAUAUGGCGAGAAACAAGCCUCGACAUGCUUUAGUAGGUGUAGCCCAGGGAGCCAAUUAUUUUGCCAACAGUAUAGCAAGUGGAAUGACUGGACUUGUGACACGUCCUAUCGAGGGGGCUAGUAAAGAAGGUGUCAGCGGAUUUUUUACUGGGUUUGGAAAAGGACUUGUUGGUGCUGUGACAAAACCAGUUGUUGGUGCCUUUGAUUUGGCAAGCAAUGUGACUGAAGGGAUUCGUAACUCGGCUACACCAACGGAUGUCAAUGACAUUGAACGUAUUCGGUACCCCCGCUAUAUAGGAAACGAUGGCAUUCUAAAGCCCUAUUCUACGAAAGAAGCUCAAGGUCAACAUUGGCUAAGAGAAGUAGACAAUGGAAAAUAUUUUCAAGAUAGUUAUAUCUACCAUUGUCACGUCCAGAGCGAUGAACGAGUUGCAAUGCUAACUUCGAAUCGUGUGAUGCUGCUGAGAACACGCCGACUUAUGGUUGAAUGGCAGGAACCAUUUACUGAAAUUGAUACAAUUAAAUGUCAAUCUACAGGUAUUGCCAUUAAAUUGGUUAAUGAUAAAUGGGAACCUUUCCUUGUAAUCCCAGAUAAGAAGACUCGGGAGCUGCUAUUUAGAAAGAUCGAAGAAGCAGUACUUAAGUACAACAAUGUCCGUAGACCUGGUCACUAA